CUCAGCGACCCGCCCUGGUGUUGCAGUUUCUUCUCACCACAAGCCCUCUCGUUUUCGUCUGUAGCUAUACCAGAGAGCCCGUUGCGGAGAUCCUAUUCGCUGCGUCGUUCUCCAAGGCGCGAAUGUGAGGGUUCUGAUUCGCAAGCCGGUGCGCCUUUAGCCCAAUUGCAUCCCCUCCAUCCACCCCAGCCAUAAUACGCGAAACGUCUGAACUUCUGGAGUCGGUCGGGCAUAUCGUGAGACUCGACAGCCCACUGCUGGAUCGCACCCGUCUCCGUCUUCCGGCUGCAGCACGCACAGAAGAAGUGCGCGUGCAGACUUGAGGGGCCGCGUCUGCCUUGGAUCCCCGCCGCUACCAGAGGCUCGCACCUUCCACCAUGAACGGCUUCAACGGCACCGUGUCGCCAGGCGGCAUGUAUGUGAAAGCGCUCUACGACUACGAUGCCGACGAUCGCACCAGUUUGAGCUUCCGCCAAGGCGAGAUAAUCCAGGUCAUUACGCAGCUGGAGAGCGGCUGGUGGGACGGAGUGAUCAAUGGCGUCCGUGGCUGGUUCCCGAGCAACUACUGCGCCGUGGUGCAGCGCCCGAGCGACGACGUGGAGAAUGACCGCAAUGGAGGCCUGGGCGACGACGAACACGACGCGCAUUCGGUGGGCGGAACCGACUACACCAACUCGGACACGGAGUCAUUGAGCGGAAACGACACCAUCCUGCCCAUGGAGCGCAACGAGAACAGCAAGGAGGAAGAGGCGGCUUUCUGGAUACCCCAGGCCACGCCGGACGGGAGGCUCUUCUACUUCAACACUCUGACAGGCGUAAGCACCAUGGAACUGCCGCUGGAGUCGCCCUCUGCGAACGAAAACGGCCCACGGGACCGCGUGAACGUCUUCAUCCCAGAAUCGUCACGGCCGCCCGCCGACCUGCUAGGCUCCAGAUACAACGCCGAAGACACCGACGAUGAAACGUCGGCUUCGGACUUUGAGGGAUACGGGGUCAAGGGCUCAUACGGCUCCAAGUAUGGCAGAAAACGCCUGUCCGACGGUGUAUCACCAGCGACGUCAAUGGAGUCUAUGAACACGGGUCUUGCUGCGAGGUCCUACGACGCGAACGGCACGAGCUUUUCGGGUGCUGCAAUGCCUCCCAAUGGUACUACAGCUACCUCGUUCGCGAACAACGCUCUCAGCGGCCCACCACCGACCUCUGCCCAGUCACGACGUUUCUACGACGACAUGAAUCCCGUACCUCUAACCUGGAAUAGGAUGGUAGACGAUAUGCGCCGAGCGAUCGAGCGCUACCGACAGGCCAUAAACAACAGCGACCGCUCUGAAUUCGUCUCGAGGGCUGAAGACAUCUCUGACCACCUACGAUUGUUGCUUGCUGCAGGUUCAGGAACAACAGAUAACCACUCUGGCAACCCUUCUAUCAUCUCUACCAACAAGGCCCUAUAUCCCCAUUUUCGAGAAACCAUGUCGAGAUUCUCCAAGCUGGUUCUAUCUUCACAUAUCGCGGCCUCUGACUUCCCUCCUCCAGACUCAUAUUCAAAGUGUCUCAAAGAAGCGGAUGGAGUUUUGAACGGAGUAUAUGGCUUCGUCGAAGUCGCGCGCCAACAGCGCGGAGAAGAAAUUCCUCGCCUCGUGCCCGGCUUCGUGUUUGGCAGCAACAUUGGUGGGAACUGGCACAAUAACGGGUCAGAUACACGGGAUACUUCGACAUCCAUGUCCUUCAUAGACCAGGAAGACUUUGAACCAUCUAUCGAACCCACUGUGAAGCUAGAUUCUCGUAUUCUAGAGCGAUUAGAAGACAUCAAAAGACUCAUCGUAACAGCCGUUCGACGAUUAGACGAGCAACUGGUCGUCAGAGACAAGGUCGUCACUCACCAGAGGCAUCAAGCAAUCGGUGAUCACAUAUGUACCACGGCAAUGAAGCUACUCGAAGUUUGCCGACCUUGGACGUCCACAAUCGAAUCGAUCAAUCUCAAUUCGAUCAACUCGCCGUCUCAAGGGCUACAGCUGAUUGAGUUCAGCGUCCAGAAACAGAAGACAUACGAUCUGGCUUCCGAGCUUGUGAUUGCAUGCCAAGGAGUAGCAGCACCUUUAGGGGAUGAGUGGGCAGAACUACGCGGAGACUCUCUGGAAGAUCGAAUCAACGCCGUACGAGCCGUCCUGCGAGAUCUGGAAGGGAACAUCUCGAGUCAAUACGGGCAUCUACAGUACUUGUCGGAUGCGGUACCUAUGGCAGACAUCAGUUCGCGAACAGACUCCAUCAUUCCACGUACCGACCCUCGGAGAAACACAGACACUGAACUGCCAAACUCUCAUGCUCGAGGACCAUCUGGAACCCUUAGACCACUACUCAAGGACCUACCACAAGCUCACACGUAUAGUGAAGGCACCGCUUUGGACGUGGUGGAGCCAAUUCGAUCUGCGAACAGCAACAAGAAGAUCAAGGAUUUCUUUGGCGAGGUUCCAGUGAUACCACAAACAGCUGUAGAAGAGACUCCCGAGUACCUGAAGCUCGAUCAUGAAGGCGAAAUCUCCUACGACCACAAGGCCGACCCACCUCAACUACGGGGUGGUACCCUCGCAGGACUCGUGGAGCAACUCACUCGUCACGAUCGCCUAGAUCCAGCAUUCAACAACACUUUCCUCCUCACAUAUCGGUCUUUCACUACGGCGCCUGAACUCUUUGAGAUGCUGGUCAAGAGAUGGAGCAUUCAGCCUCCUCAUGGCCUUGCAAAAGAAGACUACCAGACUUGGGUGGACAAGAAGCAAAAGCCUAUCCGGUUCCGCGUCGUCAAUAUUUUGAAGAGUUGGUUCGACAACUAUUGGAUGGAGGGUAAUGACGAGGAAGCCAGGAUACUCAUUCAAAGAGUGUACAACUUUGCCAAGGAUCACGUCGCAACUACAAGCACACCUGGUGCGGCUCCUCUCAUGACCUCUGUCGAGCAACGAUCGCGUGGUCCAGAUAUGCCAACGAAACGUCUGGUUCUUACUCUGAGCGCCUCGACACCUCAGCCGAUUCUUCCAAAGCAUAUGAAGAAACUCAAAUUCUUGGAUAUCGACGCGACUGAGUUCGCGCGCCAGCUUACCAUCAUCGAAUCCAGACUGUACGGCAAGAUUCGACCGACAGAGUGUCUCAACAAGACAUGGCAGAAGAAACUCAUUCCUGGCGAGCCGGAUCCUGCUUCUAACCUGAAGGCUUUGAUUCUUCAUUCUAAUCAGUUGACAAACUGGGUGGCACAGAUGAUUCUAACUCAACAGGAUGUCAAGCGAAGAGUGAUUGUCAUCAAGCAUUUUGUCAACGUUGCUGAUAAAUGCCGUCAAUUGAACAACUUCUCGACACUCACAUCUAUCAUCUCUGCGCUGGGGACAGCACCUAUCCACCGUUUGAACAGAACAUGGACUGCUGUCAACCAACGGUCAAUGGGUGUUUUAGAGAGCAUGCGCAAACUUAUGGGUAGCACCAGGAACUUUGCGGAAUACCGAGAUACACUGCACAGAGCGAAUCCGCCAUGCAUUCCCUUCUUUGGUGUCUAUCUCACCGACCUUACCUUUAUCGAGGACGGCAUCCCGUCCCUUGUGAAAAGGACAAAUCUUAUCAAUUUCGCCAAGCGGGCAAAGACGGCUGAAGUGAUCCGCGACAUUCAGCAGUACCAGAACGUGCCGUACCCACUGCAGCCCGUGCCGGAAUUGCAAGUGUACAUUCUCAGCAAUAUGCAAUCGGCUGGCGAUGUGCACGAAAUGUACGAGAUGAGUCUGACAAUUGAGCCGCGCGAGCGCGAAGACGAGAAGAUUGCAAGACUUCUCUCCGAGUCUGGAUUCUUGUGAUGAUACCCCCACGAUGCGUUUGAUCGAUCCAUGUUCACUGAUUGCCCCGGCGUUGGGUCACUCUUGGCUAUGCUAUGGUAAUGAGAUCAAGACGCUGUUCUUAUUCGGCGUAGGCUACUUUGUUCUGCAGCAUUUCUGCGUAGGGAUUGGCGCUGCUUGGAUUGUGCUUGGAAAUACAGCACGGGCUGUAGGCUCUGACCUCUGGUAGCAUAUUCUAUCUGGCUCAAUAUACACGUCUGAACCGUUCUCUAGACGACGCGAUGCGACGCUGGAGGUUGGUAGUGGCCGAC